CUGGGAUUUAUUCUGUUUUCCACCACCUGCCCGACGCUAGACUCUGACUACAUCCACAGAGCUGUUCUUUCACAGCAAAGAAAGACAACAAAACAGCAGAAUGGAGACAAUAAAGUUUCACUUAAACACUACAAGAACCAACUAAGAUAACGAACAACUACAUGAUGAAUUCCACAGACCACCAAGGGUUGAUCUCUGUGGGCUAUACCAGGAACCUCAGCACUGCUGGGACUCUGGGAACCCUCAACAAAGACUCAGAGGGCGUUGGUAUCAAGGACUCCUCAACAGGAUGUUACGAGCAGCUCCUCAUCUCUACCGAGGUCUUUCUCACACUGGGGAUAGUCAGUUUAUUAGAGAACAUCCUGGUGAUUGCUGCCAUCAUCAAGAAUAAGAAUCUUCACUCUCCCAUGUACUUAUUCAUCUGUUCUUUGGCUGUGGCAGACAUGCUGGUCAGCGUCUCCAACGCCUCCGAGACCAUCGUCAUCGCCCUGAUCAACGGCGGCAACUUGACCAUCUCCGGGUCGCUCAUAAAGAGCAUGGACAACGUGUUCGACUCCAUGAUCUGUAGCUCACUGCUGGCGUCAAUCUGUAGUCUCUUGGCCAUCGCCAUAGACCGCUACAUCACCAUAUUCUACGCGCUGCGCUACCAUAACAUUGUGACGGUAAAGCGAGCGAUGGCGGUAAUCGCGUGCAUCUGGUCGUGUUGUGUGGCAUCGGGCGUGCUCUUCAUUAUCUACUCUGAGAGCACCACGGUCCUCAUCUGCCUCAUCACCAUGUUCUUCACCAUGCUGGCGCUCAUGGCCUCUCUCUACGUCCACAUGUUCAUGCUGGCCCGCCUGCACAUAAAGAGGAUUGCCGUGCUGCCCGGGAACGUUCCCAUCCGCCAGCGUGCCAACAUGAAGGGCGCCAUCACCCUCACCAUCCUCCUGGGUGUGUUCGUAGUAUGCUGGGCUCCCUUUUUCCUCCACCUCAUCCUCAUGAUAUCAUGCCCCAGGAACCCCUACUGUGCCUGCUUCAUGUCACACUUCAACAUGUACCUCAUCCUCAUCAUGUGUAACUCUGUCAUCGACCCACUGAUCUACGCCUUCAGGAGCCAAGAGAUGAGGAAGACCUUUAAGGAAAUCUUCUGCUGGUACAGUCUGCCAAACCUGUGUGUGUGCGAGCUGCCAGGGAAAUAUUGAACUACCGAACAGCUGUCAGAGACCCAGUAAGUGUGACAACUGCUGAGGUAGCAUCUGCGUCUGUGUCUCGUCACAUGAAAGAGAUGAAUGGUUGUAUAGGCUACAUUAUGGUGUAACGGUGUAAAUAAGAUAAGAUGUUUUUUUAUUGCCACCAGAUAGGUGCAGUUUAAAUGUGUUGCUUUACAGGGUCAGCCAUAGUAGUACAGAGCCCUUGGAUAGAAUUAGGUUUAAGUGCCUUG